CGCUUCUCUUCUCUGACCUGAUUUCUAUCGUUGUACCCUCGGACCACAGAAAAGAACAACAUCAGGACACCACACUCAUGAUUGCCCGGCCGCUACUCCUCAUCGUCUGGAUUCUGACCGGCAUUGCGACCAUCGCAACACUUUUUCUCCAAAACUAUGCUCGCAUCUCUUGUCACUGGAAAUGGCCGUCAGAUUCCUUUCUGCGGAUGGUCGUUUUUGCAGAUCCACAGAUGGAGGGAGAUGCCAAAAUUGCACGACUUGGGAAAAGAGCUGUCGUGGACCUGGCAUUCAACGAUGCCUACAUGCGGCAUAUUUACAAAUCAAUGACAAAACCGUCCUGGACUUCCCCACUCCAAUCGAUCUCAGCAUACUCUGCCCCCAGUGACGACAACGGAAGCGAGGACCCGUCGACGAAGCAUGUACCCACAGGACUGACGCAUAUCAGCAUCCUAGGUGACCUCUUUUCGAGUCAGUGGAUCGACGAUGACGAGUUUCAGGUUCGACUUGGUCGAUACCGUUCCAUCUUUAUUGACCCCGCACUGAUGAAAGGAUCUGGAUCGAGGACCUCCAACCAUGUGGAGUAUAUCCCUGAGCUUAUCAAUGUAACAGGAAACCAUGAUAUCGGAUACGGAUACGAUAUUUCACAAUCUCGACUGGAUCGGUGGGAGGAGGCAUUCGGGAAGAGUAAUUUUGUCAGCUCAGUGUUUAUCCCAAGUACGAAGGGCAGCCCCAGGGACCCUCCGUCGACGGCCACGUCGUCUGCACGGAAACUUCAUUUCGUGGUUCUUAAUACCAUGCUACUGGAUGGACCUUCAUCAGACGAGAAUCUUCGGAGUCAAACAUGGCAGUUUAUGCAGGAGGCGGCAGAGAUCAAGACACUCCGCCCUAACGACAAGAUCGUCCUCUUGACCCACAUCCCCUUCCACAAGGAAGCAGGGAUCUGUGUGGAUGCACCAGAUAUUCGCCUUCAUUGGGAUAACACAAUUAUCGAGCAAACAAUGUUAACUCUCAACACCACCCAAUGGAUCCUGGAUCAUCUCAAGCCUGACCUUAUUCUCAACGGCCAUGACCACUUUGGAUGUGAUGUGACCCACACCAAGGACAUCCACGAUGAUCUACAGCAACAGCAACAGCAACAGCAACACGCGCUUUCUUCAUGGACAGCGUAUGCAACAUCAAGUCUUUCUGUGAAAUCCUCCGUCAAAAACAGGAUCUCCGUACGAGAGAUCACUCAGAGAUCCAUGAUGGCCGAAUAUGGCGGGUACUCUGGCUUGUUCGAGGUCAGAGUCAUCCCUCAAGCUGCUGCUGCUGCUGUUGCGCUAGAAGACCAUAUUCCUGAUCUCGAGUUUCAUUACACAGCAUGUGGAUUCUUUACGGACAUGCAGGUCUGGAUCGUUAUAAUCAUAGACCUCAUAGUAGCAUGUAUCUGGAUCCUACUUGCACUCUUCAUCAUCCUCAAAAACAUUUGCGGUCGUACUUUUCAUCCCAAGCAUACAUAUCCCAUAGACAAGAAGCAGAAGCUCAUGUGAAUA